GGGCCCACUUUGACCUUCCCAUUUCGCCUCCUACUCGCUGCUCAGCUCGGCUGGCUCUGGGUGAGGACUCACUCGCUUUUCUUGGUCCUUCGAAUCUGAGCUGACUCCUCUUUUGCGCUACUUUGCAAACAACAUGGCUUUUGUUACUCACCAAAUUAUGAGGGCUAUGUCGUCCUCAGCCACCAGAAACGCAGCUAUCAAACAUAUUACUGUCAUCGGAGGAGGGCUAAUGGGCUCGGGAAUCGCACAGGUUGCAGCUUCAACUGGCCACACGGUGGUGCUGGUGGACCAAGCAGAAGACAUACUGAAGAAAUCUGCCAAAGGAAUCGAGGACAGCCUGAAGCGAAUUGCAAAGAAGAAGUUUGCAGACAAGCCUGAGGCUGGAGCAGCAUUCAUUCAGAAGACCAUGAAGAACUUGACAACAAGCACAGAUGCUGCAUCUGUGGUUCACAGUACUGACCUGGUGCUGGAGGCUAUUGUGGAGAACCUGCAGGUUAAACAUGAACUCUUCAAGACUCUGGACAAGUUUGCCCCAGAGCACACUGUAUUUGCCAGCAACACCUCUUCACUGUCUAUCACAGAAAUAGCAAAUUCUACAACCAGACAAGAUAGAUUUGGGGGCCUUCACUUUUUCAACCCAGUUCCCUUAAUGAAGCUGGUGGAGGUCAUUCAGACACCGAUGACAAGUCAAAAAACGUUUGAUGCUCUGUUGGAUUUCAGCAAAGCAUUAGGGAAAUAUCCUGUAUCUUGCAAAGAUACCCCUGGAUUUAUUGUAAACCGUCUGCUUGUGCCCUAUAUGGUGGAAGCCAUAAGACUACAUGAAAGAGGUCAUGGGUCAAAGGAGGAUAUCGAUCUGGCCAUGAAGUUGGGUGCUGGGUAUCCCAUGGGACCCUUUGAGCUUCUUGAUUACGUUGGAUUGGACACCAGUAAAUUCAUCAUUGAUGGUUGGCACAAAAUGGAUCCUGAUAACCCCCUGUUUGCUCCCAGUCCAAUGCUGAACAAACUGGUGGAGGAAGGGAAGCUGGGCAAAAAGACAGGACAAGGCUUUUAUAAGUACAAGUAACAAGCAAACAAUGAGAAUACUGCUUUGCUGCUAAUGAGAAGAGCUGUGUUUUAAAUGGUGUUUGAAUGUUAGCAAUGUGUGUGGCACACCCUGUCAAAGACCGCUUUGACUUAGCACUUAUCAAGAUCGGGUACAGUUUAAACAUGACGUCGCCUGUGCCUUCUUUUACCACUAACAGUUGUUUUGUUCUGGUAAACCAUCUUUGCCUUUUUUUCAUAAAUCUGAAUGCAAGAUCCAGCUUUAACUUUGUACUAAUGAAUAACAGUCACAUCUGUGACAUUAAAAAUGCAUUAAAACA